GACUUUUAGACGCUCUGUCUCUCUAUAUGUCACGAACGUAAAUGCAGACAUCUGGAUGGCCGAGUGGAUUGCUCACGGCUAGCCUAGAUCACAAGCUGUUGACUGCAUUAAAACAUCAGUCAUCCAGGUACAUCCUAAAAAUAUUUGGAAGAGAAAUGCUCACUAGGAAAUUGCUUAUGUUAGUGAUACAAGUCACUGUCACAUGAAACUAUCUCUAUCCUACUGGCCUAUUGAAGGAGACGUAUGCAUGCUCAACAUCAAAAUAGGAAUACACCUAUCAAAGUGUCAAAAUUGAAUGUAUCAUAUCCACUGAUUAGGAAAUAGAAUACAAAAAGAAAAAAGGAAAAGAAAACAAAACACAUGAUGUCUGAAGUGAAGAGUCCCAAAGAAAAGUGUCACAAGUGUGAUGUUUGUGAGAAAAAAUUCACUCAUGCGUCUACACUACUUGCCCAUUCCAAAACCCAUACAGGAGAUGGUCUCAGCAAGUGUAAUAUUUGUGGCAAGGGUUUCAUUGCUCAAUCACAUCUUCAGAAACAUUUAAGGAUGCACACUGGAGAAAAACCUUACAAGUGUGAUGUCUGUAGUAAGGGGUUUACUCAAUACAGUAAUCUUCAGUCACACGUGAGGACACAUACUGGAGAGAAACCUUUUGUAUGUGAUGUGUGUGGAAAGGACUUUAACAGGCAGGACCACCUGAAAACACAUGUCAGGAUACACACAAAGAAUAAACCAUACAAGUGUCAUAUCUGUGGAAAGCAGUGUAGUCAGUCGUCAAGCCUUCAGACUCACCUCAGGACACACACAGGAGAAAGGCCCUAUCAUUGUGAUUUGUGUGGUAAAGGUUUUAAAAGGAGUGAUAACCUACAGACACAUUUAAGGACACACAAAAAAAGUCAUUCUUUCAAGUGUAAUAUCUGUGGUAAGACACUGGAUAACAAACAUAUGUUAAGGGAUCAUAAUAGAUCACAUACCUAUGAAAAGCCUUACAGGUGUGAUAUUUGUGACAAACAGUUUAGACUGAACUCCACCCUGCAUGCACAUGUCAAGACACAUACAGAAUCAGGUAUUUGUAAGUGUGAUGUUUGUGGUAAAGGUUUUGCAGCACCAUCUCAACUUCAGAAACAUUUGAGGAUACAUACGGGAGAAAAACCUUACAAAUGUGAAGUUUGUGGAAACAGUUUUGGUCAAGCUUCACACCUUAAGAGACAUAAAAUCAUACAUUCUGGGGAGAAGCAAUUCAAGUGUGAUGUCUGUAGUAAGGAGUUUACAAGAUUGUGGGGUCUUCAGAGACAUUCCAAAGCUCAUGAAGGAGAACUACGGCGACAGGACAAGACACAUGAAGGAGAACUACAGAGAGAGGAUAAGACACAUGAAGAACUACAGAUGCAGGACAAGGCACAUGCAGAAGAACUACAGAGACAGGAAGAGACACAUGAAGAAGAACUACAGAUGCAGGACAAGACACAUGAAGAGGAACUACAGAUGCAGUACAAGACACAUGAAGGAGAACUACAGGGACAGGACAGGACACAUGAAGGAGAACUACAGAGACAGGACAAGACACAUGAAGAAGAACUACAGAUGCAGGACAAGACACAUGAAGGAGAACUACAGAGACAGGACAAGACACAUGAAGGAGAACUACAGAGACAGGACAAGACACAUGAAGUUGAACUACAGAUGCAGUACAAGACACAUGAAGGAGAACUACAGAGACAGGACAGGGCACAUGAAGGAGAACUACAGAGACAGGACAAGACACAUGAAGAAGAACUACAGAUGCAGGACAAGACACAUGAAGGAGAACUACAGAGACAGGACAAGACACAUGAAGAAAAACUACAGAUGCAGGACAAGACACAUGAAGGAGAACUACAGAGACAGGACAAGACACACGAAGAAGAACUACAGACACAGUACAAGACACAUGAAGAAGAACUACAGAUGCAGGACAAGACACAUGAAGGAGAACUACAGAUGCAGGACAAGACACAUGAAGGAGAGCUACAGAGAGAGGACAAGACACAUGAAGGAGAGAAAACUAAACAAUCAGUGAUCAUAGAAAAUUCAUUGGUGUGUGAUAUUUGUGGUAAAAUAUUCAAAACGCUAUUUCAACUACAAACACAUUCAAGGUUACAUAUCACAGAGAAACAUCACAUGUGUGAAAUAUGUGGAAAACGUUUCAUUGAAUUGGCUUACUUGGAAAAACAUUCAUUGACACAUAGUAGAGAGAAACCAUACCAAUGUGACAUAUGUGGUAACGGUUUUAGCCAAUUAUCUCACUUACGGAGGCAUAUAAUGACACACACUGGUGAGAAACCAUACCAAUGUGACAUGUGUGGUGACAGUUUCAGCCAAUCUUCUCACUUGCAGAGGCAUAUAUUGACACACACUGGUGAGAAACCUCAUAAUUGUGACAUCUGUGGUAAGGCGUUUGCACAACUUUAUCACCUACAGACACAUUUAAGAACACAUACAGGAGAGAAGCCAUACCAGUGUGAUCUCUGUGGAAAGGAGUUUAAUAAACAGCUGAUUUUACGAAGACAUUUCAUGUCACAUACCGGAGUAAAGCCUUUUGUGUGCAAUAUCUGUAGUAAAGCAUUCAGUCGGUUAUCAUACCUACAGAAACAUGUUCAGAUUCAUACAUGAAAUCAGGCAUAGGAAUUUCUUGUUCCAACAGAUUUAGAAAUCAUCGAAUGGCAGACAUACUGUCAAAGUUGUUAUUUUCGAAGAGUUCCACCUUUUCGCCAUUUUUGGAGUAUGCAAUA